AUGGUGAAUUCCGGGGAAGAGUUUCUGAUGGUGGACAGCUACAAUAUCCCAUGGCUCAUAUGGAUUCAAAUGUUCGUCUUCUUCCUCCUCUUACUCCUCCUUGUUGUCUUCGGAAUCGUAUCUUCAGAUAUCAGCGACAACACUUGCUCAUCUGCUGAUUCCAUGUCUUCUACCUCCUGCUCAUCUCUUUCUCGGCGAUUAAUUUCUGGAAAUCAGAUUCCGAUCAGCCACCACCGCGGCUUGGGGUUUUCCGUCAAUUCGAGUCUCGUACAGUCUAAUCAGGUAGGAAGUUCACAGGCCAUAAAAGGAGAGAUAGCACCAGCUGCAACAAUGAGAGUCACGAGAACAGAGGGAGAAGAACGUCCGUUAGAGAAAGAUUCGAGUAGUAACUUGCAUCAUCCGUGUAAUUUGUUUCAGCUAGCUGGAACUGCGUUUCUUAAGUGUUUCGGGAUUGACCGGAGUACCGAAGAGAACGACGAUUCUCUGAGACCAGAAUCUAAGAAACAGAGGUGA